AGGAGUUAUGGAUGAAAUUAUCGAGGACAGAUUAAUCAAUAAUGCAAUUUGUGAAGAAACAACACGACAAUGGGUCACCUCAGGGCGACUCGUGUCCCCCUGGCAGGAUGGAAACAAUAACAAUGCCAAGAGACGGCUCAGGCGACGGCUCAGUUUCAAUGCAGACAGGAUGGCCAAUACGAAUCGUCAGGUGAACGGUUAUGAGGACGAUAACGAUGAUGAGACUAAGAGUGAAUUAAAAACAGCAGAAAUUACAACAUGGGACGAUGAGACGAAUAAUUCAGACAGUGACGUGAGGUCUAAGUGCGACGAAGCGUUCAGCGAGGGAUCGACUACUUCAUCAGCGUACAAAGACGGGGAUAAUAACACUGAAGUUGAACUUCGAGUGCGAGUCCGCCGAUUUGACGAGGAAAAUGCAGUUCUUCGAGAUGAGUUGGUUCGAACCGAGGAAUUGGCCAAUGAGUACCAGCGACAGUUACACCUGUUCCAACAGAGAUUGGAUCAAAUGCGAGAGAGAUGCGACCAAUUAUUGAAGGAAAAUGACGAGCAGAAGGAGAAGAUAAAUAUGGUGGAGGCGCAAGAAAGGCGAUGUCAAGUGGCACUGCAGAAAAUGGAUAAAGAGCGUAAUGCACUUCUUGAAAAACUUGAGAUCGAUAAAGAAACUUUCAAUCGCAGCCUCGACGAGUUGAAUCGAGAUAAACUCUACUGUAAUAAGAGACUGUCAGUGUGUGAGUCUAAAUUAGAGGAGAAGGAGAUUCUAUGUGUGACCCUGCAGCAUAAUCUUGAUGAGAUUAAGGACUCCAUUGCCAGUUUGGAGGACGACUAUGAGAAGAGGAUUCGCUAUAUGCAGGACAAGAGUGACGACUUGACGAGUGAGAACAUCGAGCUGAAGAUGAGGCUGUUGAACCUCGACUGCCCACCCUCUCUGGACCAAGAGGUUUGCCUGACUUCGACGAGGUAUUUGAAUUCCAGUGACGAUAAUCUGAAGUAUCAAACUGACCAAAAAGUGCAACUGGAGGAGUCGUUGUACGCAGAGUUGAAGGCCUCAGGGUUUUCCUUCUACGACAUGAAGUGUGAAUCGAAAAUUCAAGAGUUGGAGUUCGAAGCAGAUUGGUGCAACAGUGAAAUCAGGGAGGCUGCGAGACAAAUGGACAAAAUCAUCGACUUGAUAAGGAAAACUAAGAGAUGUGACCUUCCAGGGAAAUCCCCUCAGUCUCCGAAUAAUUCAGACCUGGAGAUCUCGCCAAUUCUCCAGAUAUUUGAAAGAAUAAAGCAGCUGUCCUACGAGGUGUCAGAAGCACUGAGGAAGCCAUCAACGACCAAUUCAAGUUCACAGGUCUCAGCCGAUCCUCAAAUUACCAGUGAAUACUUCAAGGAGUUUUCCAUCCGCACAUUCAACGACUUCUUGCAUUCGCCGAUCAAGGUAUGCCUCCCAGUGGAAAUAAAUACACCGAAUGUAUUUCUGACGUGUAAAGCGACCGAGAUCAAGGAUAAAGUUGAGUUGGUUGACGUUGGCCAGUUGGAUAGAGAUAUUAAAAAUAAUGUGACAAAUAUCGAGGACCUAGGGUCAACGAACGGGUUUGGUUCAAUGUCUGCAGUAGCAUCUGCCCGGCACGAGGACAUACCGUCAUUUUUUCACGAGAAGAUUGCACCAAAAAUAAAUUCAUGCACUGUGGAAGGUAGCGCUAUUACAUUGGGUCAGGCAAAUUCAAUCCAGUGGGAAAGUGGACAAUUGGCAUUGGCUUCAGUAUUGAAAAAACCAUUGCAAGAGCAAGGUGAGGGCAUCGAUAAAUCUGAGAUGUCAACGGGCCAAAAAACCCCGAGGAGAAAGAUAUCGGUGUUUCAUCGCUCCUUCGACAUUGACACAGUAUUCGAGGUCCAGGACGGUGGAGGUGUUGCUGAGUCUCACAAACUAAGUGAGAGAAACGAUACCACCAUUAAUAAUCAAAUAGACAAUUGUCCUCCACGGAAUUCAAAAAGUGAUGAUAAUGAUAAUGAUAAUGAGGGGCGCGUUGAGGCUAUCACUGGAUAUCGAACAGCUGAUAUCAGUCAAUCGUCGGACUCGUCGGCAUGUUCUCCAGGAAAAUUGGAGAGCUCGAGGGAGGAGGACAUCAAGAAAGUUGGGAACAAGUUCUUGGGGAAUGGGGAUAUCAUUUUAGCCCCUCCUAGAUUGUUUUUAUUGGGGGCGGGGGGUCUGAAUGCACCUGGGGUUAAUGGGUCUGAUAGGGAUACGGGGGAGUGCGCAAUUGCUGGGGGGGAGGGCAAUGGAUGCGGAGAAAUUACUGGGGAUGUGAAGACAGUUACACGCGUGAUGUCGAGUGGCGAGGACAGCUCUGAUUCAGAGUCCGAUUCUACGGAGACUGAUCGGACUUUUCAUGGAGUUGACAGGGGGGGCUGGGGGGACAGGGGGUACAGGGGAAGUGAGAACAUCAUUGGCUUCAAAACACCGAGGGAUAAAAAAGAUGAGAGGACACCGAGGAUGAGGAGGUCGAUGAGCGAGGGGGAAAAUAUGGAGCUUGGUGGUGGCGAUGGGUGUCGUGGGUGUGGAAAUGGACAGGGGGAGGAUAAGAGGAAGGGGAGCUUCAGGAAGGAAGUGGAUGCUGUGGCUUUUCCCAGUCUCACCGAUGCCAGACUACAAGAAUCCGGGAUUGCGCAACUUUCGGAUAAUGAGGAUCUUGAGGGGAAAGAUUUGACAGAGGAAGAGCUUGAGCGAAAGUUCCUGGCCUUCUCUCUGGGCCUCUGCACAGACCGAGUGACGUUACCUCGUCGAAGAGCCCUAGCCCUUCGUCAUCGAGAUUACACUGAGCACGAUCUCGCGAUCGAGAUCGCGAAAAUGCAACAGAGUAUUCAGGAGUUUGCACCCUUGUGCUUCGACAGCGAGACAGUCGAGAGGAUCGAGCUUGCAUGCAAUCAGGUAGAGAUAAUAGCCCAGUGUGCUCAUAGAGUGUCUUGUACUGCUGAAACACUGGGAGCGAUACAACAGGAGUUCAGAAUAUCACGGGCCAUUCACCUGGCUGAUCGAUUUCUCAAGGUCCUCAGGAGUAGGUGUGACAAACUUUCAGCUGAGGUAGCUGAGAAAAAACGAGUCCUAGCAGAAAAUAAUAUUCCCAUUGAUGAGGGUAAUGGAGAUGGUGAGGGGCUCUCCUCAGCUGUGAGAUACCGUGCACUAUCGCCUACCAAUCGUACUAUGAUGGCUAGGAGACGUGCGAGUAUUGCCACGAUUUUCCGACCCAUUGGAAUUUCCCAAGAAGUGACAAAAGAUAAUAUUAGACAGCGGAAUUCAGUUUCGGGGAGAGUUACCAUUAGGAGGCCGUCGUUCAGCUCCGAAUCGCAGAGGUUCGAGGCGGAGAAAUUGACUAGAACAGACUCUAGCAGUGUUGGGGAAUUGCGGGAAAUCUUCGAGCAGGCGGAGUCACGAUGUACGUCACGAGAGGAGAAUAAUAAUUUGGUGCGAAGCCAAAUGACAGUUUGCGAAAAUGAGACCGUGGAACGCAGGAUGUCUAGUAGCAGGGAAGAGCCUAUUAUCGAGACUCUGCCAGAGGAACCCGAACACGAGUUGCAGGACGAGGAAAUAUCAAGGUUGUCACGAACAAGAUUGAGCCUCACGGCAGCUGCAAACGACCUGUUAUCUUGGCGCCUAGUGUUUUGGUGUGCGAUCAUUACCUUCUUCAUCGGUUUCUACGUGAAGGACGCACUCUCCAUCACCAGCCCCUGUUCCACGACAUCUCUGCGAUGGUGGUCCUUCGAGGAAAUCCUGAGUCGCCACGUUCACGUCAGGAACACAGCCCCACCGCCCAUUUAAUUAAGGGAUUCCCUUUUUAAGUUAUAAUUGAAAUCACUGUCCUAUCGUAAUUUAGUGUUCAUUAACGUUUUUGUAAUAAAGACAAUAUUCUUCCUUA